AUUUUCCCGAACACAAAGAAAUCAGUUUGUUUUGUGUCUCAAAAUGGCUAAAAAGUGGUGUUUUGUUGUUUCUUUAUUGUUUGUUUCAUUCGGUUUUGUGAAUAGUAAUGGUAUAUUGUGUGAGAAGGGCUUUUGCGAGAAAUACCUAGUGGAGACGAAGUGUGCCAACCCAUCCCCGAACUGCAGGAUCAACAAUGCCACACACACGGGCAUGUCACUGCCAUCUCCGACAAUAUGCAACUGCUGUGAAUACUGUCUGCCUAUGUAUGGUGAGGGUGAAUCCUGUUCAAAGGGUGGUCCUGGUUUGGGUAUAAUAUCCGGGAGAUGUGGCUCUGGACUCACUUGUACAGAGGAUAAGGACGGAGCUACUACCUGCCAGCGAAUGAAAACGGACUGUCACGAUGCUCAAGAUGAUUAUGACGCUCGAGAGCUGAAGGGAGAGAUAGGUGCGCUAGAACACCGCCCACAUUGUGACGACAAGGGGAAAUACGCUACAUUCUACUGCGUGCCAGCACAUACAUGCUUUUGUCAAUCAGAAGAAGGAAAAAGGAUCUUCGGAGAAGUGAAAAAUAUGGGAUCUAUCACCGAACAGACGAUGCAUUGUGGUUGUUCCCGUUUCAAUGAACGGGUCAAAAAGUCGAUAUCGUCCACAUUACCCUCACCGGUCGUCGGUCCGCGCUGCACCUCAGAUGGAAACUUCCACCCCAUACAGUGUCUGGAUAGGAUCUGUCACUGUGUAGACCCGAUCACUGGCCUUAUCAGACCCAAAGUCAAGAGCAUUGAUUUGGAUAAGCAUCCUAUUUCUGAAUUGGAGUGCUAUGACAAAGACCUGGAUCUCUUCCCCAAGUAUUCUGAAGGGGAGAAACCAUACCACUACACCAGCCCUUGUCUCGAAAACUUACGGGAGAAGAUCGAGCUCCUGGAGCAGAGUUUAGUAGACGGUUUCAACAUCGAUUACUUCAAUACACUCGAGGCAUGCUAUCCUGAUGGGACUUUCGGCAGAAUUUCGCUGACCAGGGACGGGUCGAGGAUCUGUGUCAACGAGAGAAAUCAACAGAUUAAGGAUUAUGAAGCAUUACCGCAGACUCCAGAAUUUGAUACUAUGAAUUGCAAUUGUGCCCUAACAACACACAUUAUGGGCCCUUCUUUGGAGAAGCCCGUUUGCUGUAAGAAUGGUAACUUCAGGAAGAUUCAGUGCCGGCGUGGGAUGUGCAGAUGUGUUGACGAAGACGGAAGACAAAUUGGGACUGAGUCGGCUGAUGUCACAAGACUGGCUUGCUAUUCAGCUGAUUGGCGAAAUUGUUAAAUUUAAAAAUAAUCUUUUGAUCGUGU